CAAGUAUUUGCAUUAGAAUUUUCCUCGUAAUUUUGCUGCACUAUAAAUUAACUAGCAACACAACCGCCUCGGAUGCAGGUGCAGCACCACCUAUCAAUCAUCUAUUUGCCUAAAAGGUCCCUCCCUCCACCACCAUUUCCUUUGUUCAUGGUACUGAUUGAUCAUUAAGGUGGACUGCUCCGCUUAAAAUUAGUUAACGGCGAUAAAUUACUCAACAAUGCUUCUCGGAGGUCUCAAUUCCAAAGUUGUCGGUGCGGUUAUAAUGCUGACGGUGGUGGCUGGCGAACUUGCACCCCGUGCAGAUGCCGUAAUCCCUUGCCCUCGAGUUAUUCGUUCCCUGGUACCUUGUACCCGUUACCUCAAGAAUGGUGGCUCUGUGCCGGGUCCUUGCUGCGCUGGUGUUAAGGGCCUGGUGGCAUGGGCCAAGACCGUCGCCGACCGCCGGAGUGUUUGCUCCUGCCUUAAGGGUGCUUAUCCAGGCUAUCAUGGUAUCAAAUUGCCCAACGCUCAGUCUCUCCCUAUGAAGUGCGGAGCCAAAGUUCAUUACAAGAUCACCCCCACCAUUGACUGCUCCCGGGUGACGUGAAUCAAGUACCCAACGAUACUAGAUUGCCGGUUACUACGUACGACGACGAUAGCCACCAGCUUCAGCUUCAAUGUCUACCAGCGAAUAAUAAGAGUUAUGAAUUGUACGUAAGAAGGUGUCCCAUUGGGAUCGGAUCGGAUCGGAUCUUUGUUUCCCCCAUUUUUAGUUUUGCAAUCUGUGUGUAUCGUAUUCAAUGCACAGUGUUACGUGGUAAAAAAGGGUUAAACUACAUUAUCAUGGAGACUUGACAUUAGGUUGUAGCUAGGAUUUGAACUUGACUGUGAGCUCGUUUGGAUUGCUAUUUGUUAAAAAAUGUACCGUUGCGAUUUGAUAUAUGUGAAAUAAAAAA